AACAUGAAGGCUAUAUGUGUGCUGAAGGGCUCCGAGGUGGUGGCCGGCGUGGUGCGCUUCGAGCAGGAAGGUGAUGGACCAGUAAAAGUUAACAUUCACAUCACUGGCCUGACUGAUGGCAAACAUGGCUUUCAUAUCCACACCUAUGGAGAUAACACUAAUGGCUGUGUAAGUGCCGGGCCACACUUCAACCCCUGCAACAAGAAGCACGGCGGUCCAGGUGACGAGGAAAGGCAUGUUGGAGACCUCGGAAAUGUAACCUCAAGUGGUGGCGUUGCAGAUGUUGAAUUAACAGAUUCUCUAAUUUCCUUGAGUGGGCCAAACUCCAUCAUCGGACGCACAGCAGUGGUCCAUGAGAAAGAAGAUGACUUGGGGAAAGGUGGAGACAAUGAGAGCCUGAUAACUGGCAAUGCCGGGAGUCGCCUGGCCUGCGGAGUCAUUGGCAUUUGCCAGUAAAAUGGAAUUGUAUGUGCGCCAUUGUUUAUUCAGUUUAACCGCAACACAUUGGAG